AUGGCAAACUCAGAUGAGACAGCCGUUGAUCGUGUUAUGAAUGAUGCGACACAUGCCGAUGAUGCUACGAUUAUGAGCCUUAGAAUUUCCGAAGGUGUUCUUCAAACUAUGAUAGACGCAGCUGUUGGAAAGGCUGUGAAGAAGGCUAUGAAAAAGUUCAAGGAGCCCCAGGCUACUCGCUCCAAAUUUUAUCUAGGACCACAUUUCCUUACUCAUAAGGAGGAUCUUGUUCAUGCCUCAAAUGAAAAAGAUGAGCUAAAAAGGAAAAGGGAGGAAAGUAACUCCCAAAGCUCUAUGAAGAAGAACAAACAAAAGUCUAACCCGAAACUAGUAUGCAAGACCUGCAAGAAGCGCCAUUACGGGAAGUGCAAGUUCGAACCAAAAUCCCAAUCACAGCCAAGGGCUUGCGGGAUCUACAAAUCAAGGGAACAUAAAACGUUAGACUGCAAGGACAUGAAAAAUGCAGUCUGCUUCGGCUGUAAUGAGAAAGGCCACAUCAAGACCACGUGCCCUAAUUAUGUCAAAGGAAAUACGGCUAAAGAAGGGAAGCCUAAGAAUGAAAGUGCCUAA